AUUUCUCUUUGCUUAUUAUUACGAUCUCGGCGUCCUCCUCGUCCUUUCUCUCUCUUCGUCUUCGUCUCGUCGCCAUUGCAGGCGCUUAAUCUCUAAUCGAUCGCAAUGGCGACGGCGGAGGCGAAGCUGAAGAGCCACGCGGGGGUUUGGAGCACCGUGAAGCCCUUCGUCAAUGGCGGGGCCUCGGGGAUGCUCGCCACAUGCGUGAUCCAGCCCAUAGAUAUGAUCAAGGUGAGGAUCCAACUGGGGCAGGGAUCGGCGCUUCACGUGACGAAGACGAUGCUCGCGCAGGAAGGAUUCGGAUCCUUUUAUAAGGGACUAUCAGCUGGUUUGCUGAGACAAGCAACUUACACAACUGCACGUCUUGGGUCCUUUAGGGUUUUAACAAACAAGGCCAUAGAGGCCAAUGAUGGCAAACCACUGCCUCUCGUUCAGAAAGCUUUUAUUGGGCUCACAGCUGGAGCAAUCGGAGCAUCUGUUGGUAGUCCAGCCGAUCUGGCCCUUAUUCGAAUGCAGGCUGAUGCAACUUUACCCCUGGCGCAGCGGAGAAAUUACACAAAUGCCUUUCAUGCUCUUUAUCGUAUUGUGGCCGAUGAAGGAGUUUUAGCACUCUGGAAAGGUGCGGGUCCUACUGUAGUCAGAGCUAUGGCACUAAAUAUGGGUAUGCUUGCUUCAUAUGAUCAAAGCGUUGAGCUUUUCAGGGAUUCACUUGGUUUUGGAGAAGUUAGUACAGUUGUAGGAGCAAGUGCCGUAUCUGGAUUCUUUGCAUCAGCAUGCAGCUUGCCCUUCGACUACGUCAAAACCCAAAUUCAGAAAAUGCAACCGGAUGCAUCUGGCAAGUACCCUUAUACAGGAUCUCUCGACUGCGCCUUAAAGACCUUGAAAAGUGGCGGGCCUUUCAAAUUCUACACGGGGUUUCCUGUUUACUGUGUGAGGAUUGCUCCGCAUGUCAUGAUGACAUGGAUUUUCUUGAAUCAAAUCCAGAAGAUCGAGAAAUCAGUUGGCCUGUGAGAUUUUCGACCAUGAUUUUGUCCUGCAUUAAAUACCUAUUAUGAUGGUAACUUUGCGGCGUGAACAACCUUCCCACUUGCUAUAACACUUGCGGUUCUUAGUGGGGUAAGAAAAUUUCGUUUUCUUAAAUAACAAUUUUUCAUGAAUUAUUAAUUAUUAUCAGAUUUAUACAGAACUACAUUUCUUUUUAUUGUUUUUUUUCUGUUGCUCACAAUACUGAGAGUCCUAUAUCUAUCUUGUACUUUAUUUACACCAUAAAAUGCAAGUGUUUUCCAUGGAACA